AUGCAGCUAUUGACAUUUCAAUAUCUAGGCCUUUUCACUGUGGGAAGUCUCCCCGUCAGGUUCUACGGUGUAGACUGUUCAACGGAACUCUCACACACUGUUUAUGAGUGCACCACGCAUAGAAUGAAAUUUUACAUCCUGUGCUUGAGCGAAACCACAGGGAACUUGCCAUUUCUCUGAACUUUGAUGUCGCAGUGAACGUGGUUUCAACCGCAGUCAUGUCGUCGGGAAAUGGGAUCGAUAUUGUUUCAGACGGAUUCAACGAGAUCGUUGAAGUCCUACCUCCACAAGAGAUGCUCGUUCAGCUCGAUGGUAUCAAUGUGGCGGCUCCGAUGGUUCGAUUCUCAAAACUACCCUAUCGUCACCUCGUCUCAUUAUAUAACACUCAUAUAACGUACACGCCAAUGAUCCUCGCACAAGAAUUCUCUCGGUCAGCAAUAGGACGUCAGUCUGACUUUACUACUAGCAUGUGGGAACGUGGUGUCUUCGAUGUGCCUGAGAGGCAAUUCUCCCCCAAAUCUCCCCCUCCCGAAGCCCCGAGUCCAGCCAAUCUUCAUUUCCCCGACGAAUCGAAAGCAAUGCUUAAUUCGCCAAAACCACUCGCCGAGAAUCCAACGUGUAUGAAAGAUGGUAUCGACCUAAACCUCGGCUGUCCACAAAAAUGGGCUUACGCUGAAAAAAUUGGCUCAUACCUCCUUCGAGAACCCAACACCGUCCGAGAGCUUAUUCGUUCUGCCAGAGACCGUACAGGGUGGAAUACACCCAUUAGCAUCAAGAUCCGACUUGAUACAGAGUUGAAAAGGACAGAACAAUUAGUCAAGACGGCUAUACAAGCCGGUGCAAGUUUCAUAACGGUCCAUGGGAGAACACGACAUCAACCUUCGACACACACCGUGGAUCUCGACGGUAUUCGUUUCGCUAGGGAAUGCGCGCGCGAAGAAGUGCCCGUUAUAGCCAAUGGAGACGCAUGGAGCCACACAGAGAGCGAGGCGAUUCGGCGCAAGACAGGGGUUCGAGGUGUCAUGAGUGGUAGGGGAUUGCUUGCCAAUCCCGCCCUGUUCGCAGGAUACGACAGGACACCCAUUCAUGCUGUCACUAAUUUCGUCCACCUCAGCACCAAAUAUGGUGUCCUUCCAUUCCCACUCUUCCAUCGACAUUUAGGAUUCAUGCUUGAAGAGCGAUUCGCUUCUCGUGCUGAACGUAGCUAUUUCCUGAGUGACCUUGUUAGUUAUGCAGGAGUAAUAGAUUGGUUGGAAGAGAAGGGGGUAAUGUUGGAUUCUUGUUCGGAUGAUCAUCUCUGGUCGCAGGAGCGGAUUGUGGAUCCUGCCAGUAAGGUAGGGUUAGUAUAGUGGUGGCGAUUUAAGGUAGGGUCAAUUGGUCUUUGGGUCAAUAUAUGCCGGACAGACUCGUUAUGUGAUGCACGUGUGGGGCUUCAUUGAGGAGCAGAUAUUCCUGUUCACGUCAUCGUUUAUGCCAAAUUGGUUCACUUGUGGGCGCAACGCCCUGCUGGUCAUGCCGCACCGCAACCGAAUAUUUAUCGCCGCGAUUCAUGCAUAGCCAUGGCGACCUCGUUUUCUAUUUACCGCUAACAAAGCCAACGUUCCAGGGAGAUCCAGUCCGUGAUUGGUGAAUUAGAUUCGAAUUGAAAAUCGGCAGA